GGUCACGACCCUGCCGGAGUGGAUGCAACACAAGAAGGUCAAUUAGCAGUCCUAUGCCCUGCAUGCCCACAGUUCGGAAAAAAUGUCCCUAACGACCUGGAAGAUAUCAGUCCAAACCAACAUUGGCUUUACUCAUUAUUCUUGGCAAUCAAUGCCAAUUUUCAUCUCAAGUGUCAUUUCGUAUCAAAUGAUGUCAAGGAUCCCGGACUAAGUCAUGGAUGGGGUUAUUUCAUGGAAGAACGAUGGUAUAAGGCACACCUUCACGAUCAUGCAGACAAGGUGCAAGAGAGCUUGUGCAUCAGCCACAGCACUGUCAACAUGGCAAACACAAAAACCUCCAAAGGACUUGCUGCGACUGGUGUAGGUUCAGUUGUUUGCGCACAGCAUGACAUGCAGCUAGCUAAUGGUGUUGGUGAUUUACAAAAGGGCGAAAGUAAGUGA